UGGGGGAAAGUCACCUGCAAGGUCCCACAGGCCCAACACAUUUUCAUGAUUUCUGGGAGGAGCUUGGGCCGGCAGGGAGGCCUGUGAUUGGUGAGAAGAUGUCACGGGGGUGGAGCAGAGGUGUAGAUGGGUUAGUUCCCUGCUCACCUUGGCCCCCGUCCCACCCCCUGGAGAAGCGUUGCCCACGCCCGAGUGCCUGCCGCCCCCGGGGCUGCCCCGCCCCGUCCCCCUGCGCCCCGAGGCGCCCCGAGCCCCAGGGGGCCGCGAGCCUGAGCCUGGGAGCGAGCUGCCCUUCGGCUCCCCAGAGAAAUCCAGGCCUUUGUUUAGUUCCAGCUGCCCAGGUCCCUGCUGCCUGCCACAUGUUUACUCAAGGGUUGAGUAAUUGAAAUUGUCUAGAGCACCUCGUGUUGCCCCUGACGACACAAUCAGGAGAGAGGGUUCCGGCUGCGGGAGACAGGGGAGGGCUCUACUCCCCGGCUCCCACAUCCUCCCGGGAGCCCCGAGACCCCUGGGCCUCUUCCCCAGGUAGAUCCUUGCCCCUCCCCUGGAUACCUGCCAGCUCCCUUCUCGGCUCCUCAAACCAUGGCUGAAACCAUCUUUGGCAGUGGGAAGGACCAGUGGGUAUGCCCCAAUGAUCGACAGCUUGCCCUCCGAGCCAAACUGCAGAGUGGCUGGUCAGUGCACACGUACCAGACGGACAAACAAAGGAAGAGCCAGAGCCUCAGUGCCGCGGAGGUGGAGGCCAUCCUGGAGGUGAUCCAGAGGGCUGAGAAAAUGGACAUCAUGGAGCAGCAAAGAAUUGGGAAACUGGUCGAGCGGCUGGAGAACAUGAGGAAGAAUGUGAUGGGCAACGGUCUCUCCCAGUGCUUCCUGUGUGGGGAGCCCCUGGGCCUCCUGGGCAGCUCCUCCGUCCUCUGCCAGGACUGUAAGAAGAAAGUCUGCACCAAAUGUGGGAUUGAGACAUCCAGCAGUCAGAAGCGGACUCUGUGGUUGUGUAAGAUAUGCAGUGAACAGAGAGAGGUGUGGAAGAGGUCUGGGGCCUGGUUCUACAAAGCACUGCCGAAAUACAUACUGCCUCUGAAGAUACCGGGCCAAGCCAGUGAACCCCACUUCAGGCUCCCCCCUAUAGAGCCGCCCAUGAGUGAUCCAAGGAACAUCAGCACUAGUCGAUGCUACUCCUGGGCCCGAGGGAAAGUGGUUUCUAGUGACAGCGACAGUGACUCAACCUUGAGCUCUUCCAGUCUGGAAGAGGCGGGGGCCAAGAGCUCCAAAGGUAGCAAAUGUGGAACAGAAUCAGGUGGCAGCAGCGACCUUCCCAGAGCAGCCCAAGGCCAGGCUCUGCCUCCUAGCCAUCCCUCAGGGAGUGGGACCAGCCUCAGCAGCGAGGCUGGGGGAGUGCACAGUGGCCCGGGAGACCGGCAGGGGGACGCUUCCGACAGCGACACGCACAAGGCUCCCAGCAAAAGGCACACCUGGAUGAGUCCCCGUUGCUGAUGCAGGCAAAGGAACCCGUCUUGGCUUUUGUCACAGACUCACACAAACUGGACUUUCCCAUGGAACACACACACACACACACACACACAC